AAACAACUUAAUGCCAAUUCUGACUUCGCCACCCAUGCAGAGAAAGAAAGAGGAUUUUUGCCGAAAUGUAGCGUCAUUCCAACGUGGGAAAAUUCUGUCCUCUCCCUACCUGUAUUCCCUCCAUCUUUCCCAACCCCCUCCUUUUAUUCUCCCAGCCGUUAAACUAGCUUUGCAGCUCCGACCUUUCCUGCGCCCGCUACUUCCGCCUUCGUACCUUUGCUCACCUGUCACAGGUGCGCAACCUGUCACUUGUAAACGAACAGUGAGUCGACACUUCGUAAAGCUCUGUCAUUUGGUGCGCGAUAAUUUUCACUCCUACGAGAACAGGUAAUCGGAUAUACAUUAUAACAUUAUAUAACUCCAAGGAGGUGCAAUGAGCUCUGAGCCGUGGAACUGCGAGCUGACAGCGGUGUCCUUGCGGGACAGCGAUUCGGAGCCGGAGUCAGAGAUCUGGGACAACUCGUCGAGCCACCUGGGGAACGGUGAUUCAAACACGGGAAUUCUCUCCGUGGACUCCCGGUUGAGCCCCGGCGGCGCAUUAUUGAUGAAUGGUUCGCGCGUCGGUGACUCCAAGGCGGAGGAGCACGCCGGGACAAAGCCAGCCUCCGGGGGCAGUCCGGUGUCCACGACGGACAUUAGAUCUGAGGACUCGGGCCUUUGCGUCGACCAUGAGUCCGAGCUGGACUGGUACUGUAGCUCAGAGGGAAAACUCAUUUGUUCACACUGCGCCAUUGUUGGCUCAUGUCAGGGGCACACGGUCACCCCAAUCGCCCGCAGAGCCGCAGAUGUCAGGAACCAGCUGGUGGACGUGUGUGAGAAGAUGCAGCUGCAGGCCCUGCGCAUCGAGCGCUUCAUCAGCCAGACCCUGGCAGCCAAGGAGCACGCCCUGCAGGUGGAGGCGAGCGGGGCGCGGGAGCGGGUGGUGGCGCGGGUGAGCCGGGUGCGGGAGGCGCUGGAGGAGGAGGAGCAGAGGCUGCUGGAGGCGGUGCAGAGGGAGGAGGAGCGGGUGCAGCAGUGCCUGCUGACGCAGAGAGCCCAUUGGACGCAGGCGCUGGCGGCGCUCACGCACACGCGCACAGGCCUGGUGCACAUGCUCACCGACACGCAGGACACGAAGCUCGCGACAUCCGGUGAGGAAAUAUCAGAGAGGGUGGAGGAGGCGGAGGGUGUGGGGGAGCCCCGGGACACGGAUCAGCUGAGUUUGGACCAGACCUGCAGCGACAGCAGCCUCCUCCUAGGAUUGUGGGCCAGCGCCGUGCUGCUGGGCCCCUCAGGCCACACCCCGGCCCACCUGAGGUUCGACGAGCGCACGGUCAGCCCCCUGCUCUCCCUCUCGCCCGACCAGCGCACCCUGACCUUCCUGCCCAAGCGCGCCCGCCAGUCGCCGCCCUAUGACCCGGCGCGCUUCGACAGCUGGCCCAACGCCCUGUGCUCGCCCGCCCUCUCCUCGGGCACCCACAGCUGGGUGCUGGAGGUGGGCGGGAGUGCCGCCUUCAAGGUGGGCGUGUGCUACGCCGGCGUGGUGCGCAAGGGGGCCGGCAACGACUCGCGGCUAGGCUACAAUGCCCAGUCCUGGGUCCUGUCUCACUAUGAGGGCGAGUUCUCCUUCUGCCACGCCGGGCGGCACCACCCCCUGCCUCUGCUCCGCAGGCCCGCCCGGCUCGGGGUUCUGCUGGACUUGCCGGGUCAAACCCUGCUGUUCUUUGACCCGGACUCCGGCGCCGUCCUGCACGCCGUGCGCCACCCCUUCACCGAGCCUCUGUUGCCUGCUUGCGCUGUGGCUGACCACAGCAUCACGCUGGUCUGACCGCAGCGUUUCCGCCAUCCUCUCAGGCCCUUGAGCCGUACGUCACCGCCAGUGCUUACCCAUCGGACAGAAUCAUCCAACUUUUUGUUGAUUAACACAGCCGAGAGAAUGGAGGGAAGCUUUGCUUUGGUUCGCUUUGGUUGUCUCCGCUCCUGGUUUCCCGGACGUCUACUAGUCCUGGGAGUUUUAAAGGUGCCACUGGAAUAGCUGCGGAUCGUUGCCAGGAGCAACAAGUUAUCAAGUGUCCGGCCAAUCAAAGGCCCCGAUGAUGUGGUCAAGGCCUAAGUUAGAGAGAACGCCAGAGACAUUCGGAUCACCAGCAGACACCACUGCUUUUGUAGGUGAUGUCAUGACAGUGCAAAGGAAUGUUACUGAAGUAUUCAGAAUGUUGUUUGAUGUUUAUGUAUCUGUACAUUUUGUGAUUCAUUUUUUAAUAUUAAUUAAUUUAUUUGGAAUGUAUUACUGUCAUACGUAAAAAUUGCUUUUAUCGAUAGUGACCUCGGACAUUUUGCUACAACUUGCAAACACUAGAUCAAAUUUUCUAGAAGCUAAUCCUGUAUCUCCAACACACAUACCUCGUUUGUUGCUUUUUUAUUGAAGAUAUCUAUUUUUAACAAGAUUAUAUGUCAUCAAUUCUGUUUCACAUGUUGAGUAUAUUGGCUAUUUUACAUUUAGGCUUGCUGUACCACAUCAUACCACGUGGGGGCAGAGCAUGAACAGUUGAUUUAUA